UUUAAAGAGCGCCAGUGUGUACCGCCUGAGCUAUUUUGCUGGCGAUCAUAGCAUUUUUCAGGGAUUCAGCAAACAGCAGUUAGAUCAGAUCUUACUGCAGAAAUUGAAGUACGUCACUUCAUGGAUGAGUGCAUUGGUAGCUUGUACUAUGAUGUCUACCUGUUUCUCCUCCAUUCUUCUGUAUUGUAUACAUGUAGCUAAACCACUUCGAACCAAACGCACAUCUUAGUCUCAACAUCAUGGGUGCAUAGACUUUGAAAUUAGCAAUCAGCACCCAACCUUACGGACACUGCAUGUUACCAAACAAUGAUUAGGAAUUGUUUGAUCAUAGUCUGAAGAACAAUUGUCAUAUUUUUGUUCAUCUUCAUAAUCAAAAUUGCUGAACAGCUAUGUGGUGGCGAGAGACUCAAUCAAAAGGUGAUAAUACAAAUGAUGGAUCAUCAUUGCUGCCUGUGUCAUCUGAGGAUUUCUUCAGAAUGUGUUUCUCUCCAGGAAUAAUAAUGGUUUCAAGUGCGCCCUGAGAACGUUUUAUCUUGAAUUUGGGCCCAAAACACAAAAAAGGAAACUUUGAACGCCUUGUCUGUACCUUUGAACUAAUUGACAAUGAAGCAAGUGGGAUUGUUAUCGGCAGGGUGCCAGCCCUGGAAUAGUGAUGUAGUGGCUGCAAGUGGAGAUAGAUAUGCAUAUUGUGCAACUCUUGCAAUUUAUGUUUAUCAGCUCGACCGAAAACUGAAUGAGUUUAAACUGUAUGCCAUCAUGUCAGAACACAAGAAAACAGUUACAUCUAUCAUGUGGCAUCCACGCAAACCUGAUGUAUUUGCCAGUGGGGGUUGUGACUACCGAUUGUUCCUAUGGGACGUUGCUCAACAGUGUGUUCUCUCAAUGAUUGAAUGCACCAAGUUCAUUCCUUUAUGUAUAGACUGGUGCCUGCUAGAGAAGGAUUCACUGACCUAUAUUAAAGGCAGGGGACCACUCAUGAUGUGGCAUUUUACGCAAGGGAAAGAGGUGUCGCCUCACAAAGAGGCCCAGGGAUUUUCUUCAGAUAUCCACAAGUUUCGUUGGCACCACAAGAAAGUUGAAAAGGUUGUGUUUGGUCAUGCAGACGGAAGUCUGUCAUUCUUCAACGCAGGUAAUAAGUCCUACAAGCAUGUCUUGAGACCGGACUCUACUGAUGGUUCAGAUGAGGAUGACCCUGUGAUUGAUCUUGAGUGGGAUCAUCUAUCAGAUGAUUAUCUUCUCAUUGCCAAUCUAAGAUGUGGUGUACGAAUGGUUGAUAGUGAGUCUCGCAUGUGCUUCAUGAAGUUUGAGAUGCCUAAUGCAAUUGCUGCAGUCAAGACAUUGGCCUGGGUACCAUCGGCACCUGGAAUGUUUGUUACUGGAGAUUCUAAUGGUGGAGUGCUCAGACUAUGGAGUGUCUCUAAAUCCACACCAAUCCAAAGCCUUAGCCUCAAGAAGAUGGGGUUCCAUUCUCUCAAAGUCUUCAGUACAUCUCUCAAUAUGACCCCAAACAGUUCGGAUGUUCCCCUCCACAGAGAUAUCUCCUCUACAAGCCAAGCAUCCCCGACACCGAGUGCUACCACCCUAAAUUCAUAUGCAUUACCACCAGGUCAUGCAGUUUGCACUUUCCUCGAUGGGGGAGUGGGACUGUACGAUUUCGGGAAGAGGAGAUGGGAUUUCCUAAGGGAGUUGGGUCAUGUUGAGACAAUAUUUGAUUGUAAGUUCAAACCAGAUGAUCCUGAUUUGAUUGCCACAGCUUCAUUUGAUGGCACCAUGAAGGUAUGGGACAUUAAUACACUCACUGCUGUCAAGACAUCACCGGGAAAUGAAGGCAUUCUCUAUUCACUGUCUUGGGCACCAGCUGACCUGAACUGCAUCGUAGCUGGAUCCUCUAAAAAUGGCGUCUUUAUUUGGGAUCUGUCCAAGGGCUGUAUCUUGAAGAGAUUUAUGGAGCAUGGAAAGAACAGUGUUUAUUCUGUGGCUUGGAAUCAGAAAGAUCCAAAGAGAAUAGCCUCAUGUGGAGGGGACUGCUAUUGUAUUGUACGAGAGGCAGAUGGGAAGUUGCUACAAAAAUACAAGCAUCCUGCUGCUGUGUUUGGUUGUGAUUGGAGCCCUAACAACAAAGACAUGAUUGCUACUGGCUGUGACGAUGGUAAAGUCAGAGUGUUCUAUGUUGCCACAGCAACAGAACAACCCUUGAAAGCUUUUCUGGGGCACACAGCCAAAGUAUUCAAUGUGAAGUGGUCCCCACUGCGGGAGGGUAUUCUGUGCAGUGGAUCAGAUGACAGAACAAUCAGAGUGUGGGACUACACUCAAGACAGCUGUGUUAUAGUAUUAGCUGGCCAUGGAGCACCAAUCCGAGGCCUACUGUGGAACCCAGAGAUACCAUACUUACUCAUAUCAGGCAGUUGGGAUUACACCAUUAGAGUCUGGGAUACAAGGGAUGGAGCCUGCAUUGACAAGGUCCAAGACCACGGAGCAGAUGUUUAUGGGUUGACAUCUCACCCUAACCGUCCCUUCAUUUUGGCUUCUUGCUCGCGAGAUUCAACUCUUAGGAUAUGGUCUCUGUGUCCCCUUGUGACUAAGAUGCAGCUGAGCAUCAUUGCAAAGAGACCUUGGGCUGAGAUUGUUGGUACUGUAGAGCAUUCCAUGGCAAUGAGCACAUCUACGGUCAUGGCUGGUCGUGUGUCACGUGAACUGAAACAGAAGUUGGAACAAUACAAAGGGGAUUUAGAUCAUAGUGUUGCCUUAAGAUGGUUUUCCCACCUCUUCUCACCACCUGGUGGAUCCAAGAUUCUGUGGGAGUUAGUAUCUGUACUGAAUGGUCAAGAUGAUAGUCUGCUAGCAGAAGACUACAGCAAGGGCAUCCUGCAUGCUAAACAUCUUGUCAAGUUCAAAGCCUCAGAAGCUCAAGAGUUAGAGAUGGUGAAAAUGGUAAGAAACACAUCGGGGACUGGUGCUAAGGUUAAAGAAGAGAAGCUUAGAGAGGCUGCUAGUAUUCACAUACGUCUUGGUCAAGUCCAGAGAUAUUGUGAGCUUAUGGUUGAAAUACAUGAGUGGGAAAAAGCAUUAUCUGUCGCUCCUGCUGUGUCUAUGGAAUACUGGAGAAAGCUCUCUGAAAGAUAUGCUGAUUAUCUCGCUUCUGAAAGUAGCAAUGAUUGUGUGCCUUAUUAUAUUGCCACUGGAAACAUCCAGCAACUCACCAAAUACUUCAACCGUCACAACCAACUCAAAGAUGCCAUGCUAGUUGCACAAGUCGCAUGUGAGAACGGUAUCUCAACUACUGAGCAUGCUCAGCACAGUAUACCAAGUGAAGAUCAAAAUGGCAUACAGGAACCUUCUGAAGACAACAUUAGACUCUUGAAUGAUAUCAGCUGUACUCUGGCAGAGAGAUAUUUCCAAGAUGGCUGCCCAAUCAUGGCAGCAUGUUGUCAUCUUGCAGUGGGAAAUACAAGGUGUGCCUUGUCUAAACUCAUUAGAGGUCAUGAGUUGGAGUUAGCCAUCAGUAUUGGAAGGGCAAUAGAGGGCACCAAACAUCCUGACCUGAUUGCCAUGGCAACAAACUUUCUUGCUCUGAGAUGUGCCAAAUUAGGCAAAUGGGACCUUGGGAUUGAUUUACUCUUUACAUUGCCGGACGGUGAAGACUCGAUGGUGAAGAUGUGUGCACAAUGUGUAUCGAGUAGCGCUGAAAUAGAUUAUCUCCAUCAGAAGGCUGCACUUCCUAACAGAGCUAAGUGUAAAGACAAAGCCCAGGAGUUGGAGAGCAAUGGAGACGUUGAAUGUGUGAAGUAUUAUCUCUUAUCAACGACCCCAGAGAGGGCACUGGAGCUGGGACUUACCAAGAUUACAGAUAAAAUGUGUGAAAGAAAUUGGACAUUGCAAGAAGUGUUGCCAAUGAUCAAGCUACUGACUAGUAUACGAAAUGAUGUCUUGAUGCAACAGAGUCUUACAAAGGAGAGGACUGAGCUAUUGAUAUUGAGUUUUUAUCUUGGUGGACUACUGGCUAUACGGAGAGGAUAUAACAGCAUUGUCAUACCACUCUUGCAACAAUCUAUGACUAUGUUGAUCCGGAAAGGACUAGAUGCAGAUAUUUCAGUUCCACUCAGUGAAGAGCAGCUUAAGUUAGAGCAGAAGGCAUGGCUGGCACACACGCAGUAUGAAGAAGGAAAGAAUUUGUCAGACAGCAAACCCAUCAAUGAAUCUCUUGGGUCUGUAUAUAACACUUUGAUACAGAGAGUUGGAUCAGAAGACACUAAGCUAGAAUGUGGUAUUGAUGUGGUUGCCGGGUCGCAGUUACCGAGCCACUCUGAUGUUCAUUUAUCUCUGCUAACUGGCUCCAGGAUUCAGGGUCCUGUAUUUUUCUUGGAGGAUGGAAAGUCAGUGAUUGCUUUGAGUGAUGCCCUGAUGUGGGCUAAAGUAAACCGAUUCUCACCACUAGCAACGGGUGCAACCAUUAAUCCGUACUAAAGAACAAAAGAACUAAACCCACUUAGGUAGGAGUUGAAACUUUGCAUGGUUGGAAUAUUAUUAGGUGAGGUUUGCCGUAACACCAUGUGUUAAUCGCUUUUGAGUAGACGUUGGUUCUGAACCAACACUACUCAAUAGAGAUUUCUACAGAGUGCUACCGCAAACCUCACCUAAUUCUACUUUAGUACUCAGUAAGAUUCAUAAGUCUGGAUGCAGAGGGACUUCUUGUCCAUGAGCGGUGCAGGGGUGCGCAUGUACAAUGUGCAAGUAAAAACUCAUCGCUGCUUACAUGGUCUGCAGCCACCACUCCCAUAAAUACCACACUCCCCUAAAUGCCUCACUCCCCUCAAUGCCUUAAUGUGAAGGGCACCUAACUAAACCCAUCUAACAAUCAUGUCAUGCAUUACAGUCUUCUUGGAGUGAUCAGGGUUUUUUAAAAGUCUAUUUAAUGGCUUUGAUGUCUCUUCAAAAUGGUUGAAUCUUUCACAAACCGAAAACAGUCUAGCCCAUUCAAAGACUUCACUCCUGUCCUGUAUGAUCUGUUUCUUGAAAUCACUUAUGACAUAAUAGUGUUUUUCUACUUGACCACUAUGUCAUUCAGUAAAGUGUACUUUAUACUCGGAUUUAAACUUCAAAUUUAAGAAGUUCGUUGAUGAACAAAUGGCAAUAAAUAUGUCAUAAUGGAUCAAAAUAAGUAUAAUUUGAACAAAUGUAGCUUGAUAUCAUUAUAUGUAUUCACAGAGAAAUGAAAAUACAACAAGAUGUAAUUAUUAAUCGGGUUAUAUUAAAUUUAAUUCAAGAAUAUUUUUUGAUAAAGAAUUAAGUGUUGUUGUUAUAAGUAUUGACUGUGAAGUAAUAACUAUAGUAUAGAUAUUUAUAUUCAAAUUUCUUUUACAAUCCGCCCACAAAAUCUGUCUGGUUUUAUUCAUAAAGUUAAUUGAAGUACGGGUAGAGUUAAGUACUUAAUUAGAUUUAUUACAUUGUGUAAUAAAAGCCUUAGAAAGAUGGAGGGCAUUAUGAAAUUAUAUUGUGCACAACUAUGCAGACCUAUUGCCAUCUUGUUGGUUGAGAUAAAAGAUGGCUUACUUGAACGAAGACGACAACAUAUGAUCUUUGCUGAAAAUAAUUUUAAAAGGUUUUCAACCAAUAAGGAAGUUGAAUUCAUAUUAGAUUAAACAGAUUUCACUUGUGCCAAAAACAAUUGAUUUGAAUACACUUCUCCGUCAUCACUCAUGUAACGUCAUAUGUGGUAGCACAUCCCACACACGACCUCAAAGUCUUGUCAUUUUGACACACGCAGUCAUCGGCAGAAGUGUACACAAACAAUUCAGAAGUGCACAGGUAUCAAAAUAACAUUGAAAUUAUAACAAAAUACAUAAUACGGUUAAAUAGAAUUCCUGUGAUAACAAUUCCGCUCAAGUAGCUGUUUUUAUGCAGGUUUUCUUUAUUUAAAAGGCGCCAAAAUUACUAUUUUCACACCUUUUUGGUUUUGUCUUAAGUUGUUAAUGGUUUUAAUUAUAAAUCAAAUUAUAUAUUUUCUGUGUUUUAGUUACUUUGUGCCAUGUUAGAUAUUUUUCUUCGUAGUAAAACUACUGCACUAAUGGAAAACAUACAUUUACAUGUAUUUGCUUCUUAUAUUUUAUGAUAAACACAAGGCAAAGCCUGCUGUAUCUGGUUUAAAUACCGUCCCAGUUUUUAACACCGCAGGCUAAGAUCAUUCUUGCUCUUAAAAAUCAUUUCAAAUUCUCAAAUUAUUUUUUCAUCUUAAGAUUAAUUGUGUAAUUGUAAACAACGAUCAAAUGAAAUAACCCCCAUUUAUCAAUAAGUGUAAAAUAUGUAAUUAGUUGUUUAUAUUCACUGUAUAUUUAAUUCAUUUUGUACCAGAAUUAACCAAAAAUGAUUUUGUAAACAGAACAAUAAUAGGCUCUGCUUCUUAAAAGCUGUUUGAAUUUUGAAAGCAUAGAAAAUAAUUAUGUAAUUGAAUGCAAUAAAUCAAGCCAUUGGAUUGUGUUAAGGUUUACCUUCCUGCACAAUCCUUAAUCUCACUAAAGGAAAAGGUCUGCAAGGUCAUCUGCUAGAACAGUUGACCAAAGCAAAAUUACAGGCCAGAAGCUUUUUGAGAGGGCAAUUGCAACAAUUUGUUUCGUCCCUGGUAAAGGGCACCAACGCAAUAAUCUGCACAACAGAGGCAAUUGCCUACCCGAAGAAUGACAAAUUAGAAAUCCAAUUGGUUUCCUUUUGAACAAGUUACGUGUAGUUGUAUUUUUGGAAUGACAAAUUUUUUUACCAAUUUGCUUUUACUCUUUUUCUUCAUUCAUGGGUAAAGCACAUCUUGCUCUUAUAAGGAUAUUAAAAGAUUGUGUCAAGAAAAAUAAUCAGCUCAAUUUCUCAAUUUCAAAUAUUUGGAUUUUAUGUUGUGGGGAUCU